ACGUGGCCCCAGAGAUGACGUCGCUCCGGGUUGAGCAGCAGAAUCGGGUCUCUCACCUGCAGGAGCACAGCGGAAGAGGGAGAAACGCCUGAAAGUUCACCUUUUUCGAGUCACUACAGCCGCAAUGCACUUCCAAAUAAAACACUUUCUGCGCCUGAGUCACUGCGCCCCCCUUCAGCGCAAGAGGACACUCGGGAGGAAGCUGUGGACUGUUUCUGCUGCACAACAACGUGGCGAAGGGGCAGCAGGACCGCUUGCGUCUGCAGACUUCAACAAGUAUUUCGCCCCUCACUCCUGCAGACACUAUGCAUCCGACGCGGCUUACGGCCGAGCUUUCUCCGCGGCGAGAGACAACCCCGAGAAGUUCUGGGGUGAGGUGGGACACGACAUAAACUGGUUUGAACCGUGGCGUAAAACUUUGCACGUUGAGGAUCCAGUGUAUCCAAACUGGUUUGUUGGUGGGAAGUUGAACAUGUGCUACAACGCCGUGGAUCGACAUGUAGAGAGUGGCCGUGGAGAGCAGCCUGCCAUCAUUUAUGACAGCCCAGUGACUGGAACCAAACAGAUCAUCACAUUCAGGGAACUUCAGGACGAGGUGUCAAGGUUAGCAGGAGUCUUGGUGAAGAAUGGAGUACGAAAAGGAGAUCUGGUAGUCAUCUACAUGCCCAUGGUGCCGCAGGCCAUGUUUACCAUGUUGGCCUGUGCCCGGAUUGGUGCUCCACACAGCCUCAUAUUUGGCGGCUUCGCAUCCAAAGAGCUUUCUGUCCGUAUCAAUCAUGCCAAGCCCAAGCUGAUGGUUACAGCCUCGUUUGGCAUCGAGCCAGGCAGAAGAGUAGAGUACAUCCCUCUAGUGGAGAAGGCCUUGGAGCUGAGCUCUCACAGACCCUCUAAAGUCCUCAUCUACAACAGGCCUCACAUGGAGAAAGUAUCGAUGAGUCCGGAGUUGAGUCUGGACUGGGAGGAAGAGAUGGCCACAGCUCAGCCGCAUGACUGUGUUUCUGUUCCCUCCAACCACCCUCUCUAUGUCCUCUAUACAUCUGGGACCACAGGAACACCAAAGGGUGUUGUGCGAGACACUGCAGGCUAUGCUGUGAUGCUGAAAUGGACCAUGUCAAAUAUUUAUGGACUCAGUCCUGGAGAUGUUUGGUGGGCAGCUUCGGACCUGGGCUGGGUGGUCGGCCAUUCGUACAUCUGCUAUGGUCCCCUGCUCCAUGGUAACAGCACAAUUCUCUUUGAGGGAAAGCCUGUGGGAACUCCAGACCCUGGGGCAUUCUUCCGUGUCCUGUCUGAAAAUGGCGCCUCCUCCAUGUUCACAGCACCCACCGCCAUCAGAGCCAUUCGCCAGCAGGAUCCCCAUGCUGCAGUUGGGAAAAAGUACCCCCUGUCCAGGAUGCGGUCUUUAUUCCUUGCAGGAGAGCGUUGUGAUGUGGAGACUUUGGAGUGGGCAAAGAAGAGCUUUGGGGUUCCUGUCCUGGAUCACUGGUGGCAGACUGAAACCGGCUCAGCCAUCACCUCCUCAUGUAUUGGUCUGGGUAACUCACUCACGCCACCUGCAGGUCAGGCUGGCAAACCCGUUCCAGGUUACAAUGUCACAGUGAUCGAUGAUGACAUGCAGGAGGUGAAGCCAAGAACCCUGGGAAAUAUUGUGGUGAGACUGCCUUUACCACCUGGUGCAGCGUUGUCACUGUGGCAGAACCGCGAACUGUUCAAGGAGCUCUACUUCACCAAGUUCCCAGGUUACUAUGACACCAUGGAUGCAGGUUUUGUGGAUGAGGAGGGUUUCCUUUACAUCAUGUCCCGGUCUGAUGAUGUCAUCAACGUGGCAGGCCACAGGCUGUCUGCCGGAGCACUGGAGGAGUCAGUGCUGCAGCACCCUGCAGUGGGAGACUGUGCUGUGGUGGGACUAGAAGACACUCUGAAGGGUGUUGUUCCCUUGGCCUUGUGUGUACUUAAAAAUGGUGUGCAGAAAAAUGAAGAGGAGAUCACAAAAGAGAUGGUGAAGCUGGUGAGAGACACCAUUGGACCAGUGGCUGCCUUUAAAAAAGUGCUUUUCGUCCAAGGAUUGCCCAAGACGCGCUCUGGCAAGAUCCCUCGCUCCUCUUUAGCCAACCUGGUCAACGGCAAGCCCUACAAGAUCACUCCAACCAUCGAGGACCCGGAUGUGUUCAAAGACAUCGAGAGGCAGGUAGAAAAAGCCCUGAGAGGUCACAGCGCCUGAACUCAUCUGUUUGGUGAUGGAGAAAACUGAGGUUGGAUGCAUUUUGAAGCUUUGCAGCACUGGGUGUGAACUAAAAGAAGUAAAUUUCUAAGUCGAAGGCGGAGGAAGACACUGACGUUGAAGUUUUACCUUCUCACCCGAUAAGAACUGCGGUAAAUCCAUGAAGCAGGGUUAAUGUUUCCAUCUGUAAUAAUGAAAUUAACAGUCUGUUUGUAUGUAGUCAGAAUAAUAAUGUGAAACUGCAGCAUUACAUGCUGUGCUCAUUCAUAAUUAAUGAACAGAGGCAAUGUAUGACGACAGGCUUUACUAAAUGAUGCUCUUGGGCCAUUUUAACUGUGAAUGAAAAAUAAUGAAGACAACUCAUUCACUGACAGUAUUUUUUUUUAUUGACAAUGAAAAUUUGCUUGCUCACCACUUAGUUUUGACCAAGUACAAGAAUAAAUAAAAAAAAAAAGGACACAAAAGAAAAUGAUUCAUUGUUCGUGCAAAUUGAAGAUGUAAAAACAAAUUAAAAGCGUAAGACUUGUUUGAGUCGUCCAUCAGAAAUAACUAAAAGACAGAUAACAGGGCCGUACAAUAGGUUGCCCUGGAAACUCCGACAGAAACAAAGAGUUAACAGUUACACCAAUGUAAGUCACAGCAAGCAACAGGUUUUUGUCAUUAAAAGUCACCUCACUUCAACAUGGUCAUAUACACUCUACGCACACUAUGAGCUAAAGCAGUCUGUCUUUCAGUUAUUUCCUCUGUUAGCGUAGUGUCUGAGGGGUCGGGGGAGAAGGCCAGCUCGGCUGAGUGUGUAGUUGUCCUUUGUGUUAAUGUCUCGCCUGACAAAACAUACAGUACGACAAGUGACAGGUUCUAUGAGUGACGUCCUGCUUUUUUUUCGUUCUCUGAGAAGUUUUUGUGCAGCUUCGGGAGAGCAGUGGCGCCUCUUGUUUCGUCCUUGGCUACUGAAUAGUCCGUUGAGUUGAUGCGGUUGUAUCAAAGUGCUUGUCAUGUCGUCCCAGUGCGUCGACGUGUCCUCUUAAAACGCUCCUUUAUGACAGCGAGUCGUAAGAAAGGAGGAAUGAUGUUUUGUUGGUACCAGAAAUGGGGCUCGGAGUGGUUUUUGUACACCACUAGAGGGCAGGUUUUCACACAACAUCCAGACUCUUCCUCUCUCUAUGGUGCAGCACAGGUUCAUCAUCAUCAUCAGCAGCACAAUGAAAAAAUAAAACCAUAUGUACAAAAUGAUCUAGAGGGGUUGGGUAAUAUGGAGACAGUUUAAAGAGCAGCAUAUAUUAAUCUAUGGUCCACUAAAUGAGGUGGCAGGGACAUUUUUUUGCACAAACUCUGAAUAUCUUUUUAUACAUAGAUGUGUGUAUAUAUUAAAAAAUGGCAUAUUUAUGUACAGAUAACCUACACAUCUCCUGUAGAAGAAAUACACAGUACAUUAUGCUUCGACAAGUUACUGUACAUGUAAAAGGUAGAAAUGGUGACAACAGGGUAGCCUGCAGGACAGUUUAGCACCGGCAUCUGGUGCCCACAUUAUGGGGGCGAGGAGGAGGGGGGUCGGGCGGGGGGCGUCAGAGAGGAGAGCAGGGCUUCUUGGCAGUGCGUGUCAUCACAACGGUUUGUUCCGCGGCAGGUUGGCCUAUCCAGCAGCUCCCCUAGUUAAUCUCCAUUCAGAACUGUACCUGAGGGGAAACAGAAUUAGCCUUUAAUUGACAUGAAUUAACCUUUAUAUUAGGGGAGGUUUCUGAAGAAGAGAUGAAAAACCCUGAAUUAUAACUUGGUUGUAGCUCGUAGUAAACAGCUGGGAUGGUGACUUCGAAAGUAGUUGUAUUAGCAAAGUAAUCAUUCAUCCAGCUGUACUGAUUAGUAAUAUGAUAUUAGAAUAGAAUUUAGUACUUUUGAGCAGUAAAAAUGUGAAUUUAUUACCUGUUUUUUGCAAUUUCCAAAUAAGAUCGUGUUUCAGAAAUACUUGGUGUGUAAAUGUUUUGGAAACUACCUUAAAAACCUGAGUCUGAAAGGAAGGAAGUGAGAAAAGGUGUUUUAUUUUUGGGCGUCUCUAUGGAAAUCUUGUGCUGUCUGUAUUCGUUUUUGGCGGAGACAUCUUGCAGCGGUGGAAAAACAGACGUACAGUCAGCUGCGGAGGGUGAGACAGUCACACUGUGUGCAGAAAAUAGUUAAAUAGCAUCAGUUUCCUGUGCACGUGCACUGUUACCAGAAUCCAACCCUGUGCUCUGGCUGAACUCUGCACUGUAUUCUGUCUCUUUUGGCUGUGUGGGAGUACUUAUAAAAAUAAGCUGAUGAAAGCAUUAGAAACAGCCUGCUGGGUGCUCCACGGGAUGAGCAAAUUCUUUGGAAACACAAGAUUAUGAAGGUGUAUUUUUUCCCAGCUGAACCAAACCUCUUCUGCUCUGCAUUUUAUCAUUAUUAUCUGUGUACGGUGCCUCUAACCUCGCCACUCACUACACUCUGGAGGCUUGUGAUGAUACGAGUUUCCCGUUGCACUCACCGCAGCCUGAACCGAUUAAUGUAGUGAUGGCAUCUUACCUACUGGAACACCUGUGUCCCAGAGAUUUGAAUGUUUGUUGUUAAACUGGAAAACAUUUAGAUGAUGCUGUUCGACAUUUUUAACCACUUGAGUUGUUUGGAGAAGGCUGACUGACAGGAGGGCGAGAGCCGAGCAGCAUGCCUUCUUUCUGGACACAGAUUACAGAUAACACAGGCUGGUACAAGAUGGAUGAAUCAUCUUCUCCCAGUUGUUACUGGUUCAAACGUGUUCACUGUAUUUUCUUUUUGAACAAAUUCUGUAAUUUCGGGAGAACAAAUAUGCUUCAGUUAUAUCUCAAUCAACCCUUUUUAUUGCUCUUAAAGACGUCUUGUGAGCAAAUUACAGCUGUGCUUCAAGUUUACUGCUUUAGGUGUAAGAAAAGCUUAUUUUGAUUCAUCGUUACAAAUAAAAGUACAUUUUUAUCCAUUUUA